UAUAUUAUCAGUUUCCAGCCAGAUUUCCACAGCCUCGAGAGACAAUUUGGAAGAGCUUCUCACUUCGUGGUCGUGAUCGAGAUCGAGAUCGAGAUCGAGCCGAACAAUCCCACAUCAUGAUUGACGAUCAAGACCUCGGCUUCUUUGCCAAUUUUCUUGGCGUCUUCAUUUUUGUACUGGUGAUAGCGUAUCAUUAUGUGAUGGCUGACCCGAAAUACGAAGGCAACUAAAGUUUUUCUCAGUUUGUGAUAGAGAUGUCAUGCUAUUUUUGUAGACUUUCCAUAAAUGGUUAUAACUUGAUGUAGUCAAAAUUGUUGCUUUGCAACCGUGAAUUCCCGUUUUUGAAUCUUACAUACAAUAGUAUGGUUCUCCUACAGAGCCCCCGGUCACUUUACUGCUUUGUUUUCAUGAAAACUCACUCUGUUCAGUAAUAUAUUCUUGCUUUGCGUACC